GGUGAAAUGCGGGACCAAAAACGUUAGCGAGGGAAACGAGAGAAAGUACAUCAACCACAUCAGAGAUAAUAUCAGAUUGAUCCGAAGCAAGACAAGGAUAACUAACCGGUUAGGUGGAAUAUUGUACGAAAGAAAAUUCCUUUGUGGCAUUUCAGUAAAUCUCAACUGCUGUCGUGGAAUUAACCGCUUGAAAGAAGGUGGACAUCAUGUCUCAGAAGCAGAUAUAUUACUCUGACAAAUACGACGAUGAGAAAUUCGAGUAUAGGCACGUGAUGCUACCCAAGGACAUUGCUAAGAGAGUGCCCAAAACCCAUUUGAUGUCUGAGACGGAGUGGAGAAACCUAGGCGUCCAGCAGAGUCAAGGCUGGGUACACUACAUGAUCCAUCAACCAGAGCCCCACAUCUUGCUGUUCCGUCGUCCACUGCCAGCAGCCUGAACUGUCAAAGAAACAGACUUCCUUUGGAAAAGUGCUUGGUGAUUGGAGAUAACUGAACACACCUCAGUUGGAUGAAAAAGACAAUUUUCUACAGCAUUGUGUACUCUGCAUUGGAGACUGAGUAAAGAGCUCCAAGCAACUGCCUGAGUUACUGUAAAUCUUGUUUCCUUGUGACCUGCUCAGAAUCCUUUCAGCCUGUUCUCUAUCUGUAUCUAUAUAAAUUCCUACAUUUUUACUAGGACUAAUGUGAUGAUGAUGAUGUCUGGGAAGAAAAAGGAAAUCAGAGGUUGCGGUAACAGCUUAGUCAAUUUAAACAUGUCCUUUGUAUUUUAAGCCAGAUUUAAAUAUUGUGCAACUACAUAAAAUAUAAGUGUUUGACAGUUUUUUUUUUUGUUUUUUUUAUGUGUAGGGAUGUCACUAAUAUUACCAUAUGAACAAAUACCUGUUAUGGCACUACUUGCUUUGAAUACUGCAGAUCGUGUCUUUCAAGUUAAUACGCUUAUUACUUAGAAACAUACGCUAAUGAUGGUAUUUAAGAGGUUUUUGAAUCAAUCUGGAUCUGCUACAAAGGUAUUGUAAAAUGUAGGUUGUGGGAAUUUAGAUCUGUCAUAAUAUAGCCCAACAUAUUGUUGCCAUGUCUGUGAUUGAACAAAUCAGCUGCUCUGUAUUUAUAAGUUCUGCUAACUGUGACAUGUACUUUUUAAUCUGAAACUUUGUAAAGAUUUUGAGGAAGUUA